UCGGAUACGAACCUUUUGUGCCGUUCAUCCAUCCAUCGCAAUGUGGACAUGGCGACGGAAUCGUAUCUGCUUGCUUUCUCCGCGUGCGGGAAGACUUCCACCAACUGAAGCAAAGAAAACAAAGUUCGAAACGGGGUUGCCUCGUCGUUUCAUGCUGAUUUCUGAUUGUCAACACACAUCGUCACCAGGCAGCGCAUCGAAGGGUGGUUGCUGUCACCUGGUUUACAGCAGUUCCAGGCCCCAGGCUGCGUAUUUUUAUUUCGUCCAAAUCCGUAUGCAUAGUGGUCACCCUGCAGUUGUACCUGCAUCAAUAUUAAGGAUCCACGGCCGUUAACUAUGGGGGAAAUUUGCAAUACGGAAAUAUAUUUACGAGACGACAUGGCCAAACCGGGUUCAAAAAAAAAACAAGUAUAAGUAGCGCAGAACACAGGGUCACUUACUCUGUGUACUUUUCGUGGCUUGCCAGUAAAAUAAUAACGUUUUCCUGUCCUGGUGUAUUCACGCUAGAGGUGGCGUUUUCAGAAAGUCUACCCAAAGGACAACCCACAUUCGAGUUGACGCAAUCGGCCACAACUGGGGUAGACAACUCGAGUUUUCGCACAUUCACACGGGCGCUCGGGCUCCUACGAAUCACAGCACUCUCCAAAGGCACGACCAGAAUUUCUCCGACAACUACACACGGUAAUUCAUGCCUUCCCUCCGAGCGACAGAUUGCGUCUAAUAUUCCCAUCCACGACGUCGACGCCCCUUACAACCAUCAGCAUAGUCCUUUCAAGCCUUGUGGCAUUUUUUAUGCCCGAAGUAUCGAUCAAGGCGUUCUGGUGGGGAGCCAAGAGUCUUCCGCUGCCCUCGCAGACACUUUCGCGUACCUAGUGCAUUCUUUGCAUGGACCCACGUUGGUAGUUCCUGGAAUGGAUCUGGUAUUCUGGAUCCCUGUUUCUCAAUACUGUCGUGUCAUUAUUAUCGUGGUGCUUUGGGUACUCGGUCAUUCAAUAGGACUUCUCAGGCGUGUCAGAAGGGGUAGAAAAGUAGCGAUAAAUAGCGAUGAGAGAGGGCAAAAAGUUGUGAAUUACUUAGACAAGCGGUGGGGGAACAGUAUGGCAUCAUGCUAAGGGACGCGUACCCCGCUACCGGCGGGGCCACAUACCCCAAGCUGUACCUGAUCGGCUUGAUAUGGUCUGCCCAAGACCCGACGUUCGUAUAUGCGGGGAUAAUUCCCCGCUACAAUCAUGAGCUUUAGGCUAUGCGCCCAUCGCAAAUUUGACCAAUAUGGUUCUUGGAAGUGAUCAAGAUAAUCUUCAAGCUGAAUAAUAUUGUAUUAUAUUGAACGAUAUAGCGAUAAAAAAAAAGAAGUCAAGCUUCGCAUCAGACGGGAGGGCCAUGUAGUACGUAGCCGCUUUUUGAUCGAGACUAACAUGGGUUAUCGUUAUCAGACAUCGAUCUACCGGAUGUCGAGUAUGAACUGUAUCUGGCGCUAAGGUCCGAAUUUAGCUUGGUCGUGUUAGUGUUAGUGCGACGCUCACCCUCAUAUCCCGCUAACUAGCCCACACUGUCGUACUGAAAUUAUCCUUAAAUUAGCCAGAUAGACCAGUAUGCUAACGAAUACAGCACUUUGGAGUAUC